AUGAGUAAGAAUAUUGACAUUGAUAGUCCAUUUGGUUUUGAUUAAUAAGAUGAUUUUUCAAUAUCAUAACCCCCUUCUUCAGAUUCUUACGACAGUUAAUAAAAAUAAGCCAAUAUUACAACCCACCUUAGUGAGAGUCCAAAGGUUUUAAUGAAUUAUUUAAUAAUUAGACUUUAUCUGGAAAUAUUGAAUAGUAGAGUGACCAUUAGUAUAUUUAGGAAUCAAAAGUGUUUGAAACUGGAGAGAUAGGAAAUUAAUAGUCAAAUUCAAAUUUAGAAGAUAUUAGAUUGGAUAACAAAGUUGAAGAUGAUUAAACUAAUAAGGAGAAAGUAAAACUAUAGAAUAAAGUACUUAAUUAUUUAUUAUCUAGUCUUAAUUUAACCAAUAAAAUGAUGAAUAAGAAUAAAAGGACUACAAAACUAAAUCAAAAAAAAAAGGAAUAAAAAAACAAUAGAAGUAUUAGAAAUAAUUGCAUAGUGAUGAACCACUAAUCAAAAAAUAGAUAUAAACCAAUUAACAAAACCUUAUAGGUUAAUUAAAUAAACAACCACAUCCUUAUUAUGAAAAUUAGAAAAUCAAUGAAUCUUUUACUGAUUUGUGUUUAAAAUCAUCAUCCUCAAUCUCUCAAUAUCAAAUUAAUUCUUUUUAAAAUUUAGAUGAAUUAUAAAUAACUUAAGAAAUUGAUUAUUGGAUUCCUGAAUAUGAAAUAUUGUAUAAGGAAAUAUUUAGAUUUUUAAAAAGAGAAUCUAUGUGGAAACAGUUUUAUAAAUAAUCUCCUAAUAUAUUAGUUUACUUAUUUUGUAACUAUACAGUUAAUCAGGAUGAAUCUUCAUGGUUGGAUAUAGUUUAAUUGUUGAAUCAGAAGUAUAAAUAAAUGGAAAAUAAUUGGAAGAAAUAGUUUAAACUUUCAUCAAUUAUUAGUUUCAAAAGAGAUCAUGUUGAUAAGAAUUUAUUUAAUUCUUAAUGGAUUAGUUAAGAUAUUAAUUAGUCUGUAAAAUCGUAUAAAUUGAUGAAUUUUAAUAAUAUAUGCAAAAAUGAAAGAAUUACCUUUGAUUUUAAAUAGACUGAAAACUUUGAAAAGGUUUAAAGUUAAUUUGAUAAUCUAUUAAAAGAUCCUUUAAUAACUCAAGAAAGUAGAAAAUUAAUUCAGAGUUUGCAAUAUAUAGUUGAAAGAAUGGAAUAUCACAAAAAAAAAGGUUUGACAAAGAAGACUAUAAGUUUUGAUUAAGAUGAUAUCAAGGAUCUUUGUGAAUGUAAUCAAAAUAUCAAAGAAUAAUUUGAUAAGAUCUAUUAAUAAAUCAAUUAACCAUCUUAAUUAUUUCUUAAACUUAUUAAGGGAAAUAUUCAAACUAAAAUUAGUCAGAAGGGUAAGAAAAAGAAGAAUACUCUUGAAUGCUUAAAAGAUUUAAUCAGGAAAGUUUUAAGAAAGCUUGAAGAUUAAUGA